UUUAUUGGUUCAUUCAUCCACUUUCUCUCUUCAAAAACCUUUUGUUUCUUUCUGCUUAUGGAAGGCCCUUAAACUUUCCUUUCUCUCUGCUUCACUUUCUCGCUUUUGCAUUUUCUCCUCUAAACCAAAAACCUUGCGUUCUACAAAUUCUUCUUCUCCUUCCCCUAACUGCUCCCUUUUUCAAGCAUUUCUUCUACGACUCCGUGUUUCUCUUUCUCCACACUUUCAGUUUGGUUUGUUUGUGUGUUUGGAGUGUGAUGUCGCCGGCGGCGGUGGUUGCGGAGGAGGACGGGCGGAGCAAAGGGUCGUCGACCGUAGCAUCCGGUUCUUCGCAAUCCCUAGACUGUUUCUCUCAGAAUGGGGCUGGAUUGAAAGAACGGAAUUAUUUAGGGUUGUCUGAUUGCUCAUCAGUGGAUAGCUGUGCUUCUACUGUGCCAAGCUUGUGUGAUGAGAAAAAGGAGAACAUGAAUUUGAAGGCUACAGAGUUGAGGCUGGGUCUUCCCGGAUCCCAAUCACCUGUUAGAGAUCCGGAUCUUUACACUUUAAGCUCAGCCGCGCUUGAUGAGAAGCCACUGUUCCCUUUGCUUCCGACUAAAGACGGAAUAUGCUCUUUGCAGAAAACAGGGACAACUGUUGUUUCGGGCAACAAAAGAGGUUUUGCUGAUACCAUUGAUGGGUUUUCUCAGGCGAAGUUUACUGGUAGUACGGGGAUGAGCACAAUGCUAUCACCUAGGCCUUCUGGAGCUCAGCCUUCUGCAAUGAAAGAAAUGCCAAACAAGUUGCAAGAACGGCCUUGUCAAACUAACAAUGGAACUAGUCAUAACCAUGCAGGUGCUUCUGUCAGUGGCAGUGCUCCGGCUUCUAAGGCACAGGUUGUUGGUUGGCCUCCUAUUAGAUCAUUUAGGAAAAACUCGAUGGCCACAACCUCCAACAAGAACAAUGAUGAAGUGGAUGGUAAACCAGGUGUUGGUGCACUCUUUGUGAAGGUCAGCAUGGAUGGUGCUCCCUAUCUUAGAAAGGUAGAUCUAAGAAGUUAUACAACAUAUCAGGAACUAUCUUCUGCCCUUGAGAAGAUGUUCAGCUGUUUUACCCUAGGUCAGUGUGGUUCCCAUGGAGCUCCUGGAAGAGAAAUGUUGAGUGAGAGCAAGCUGAGAGAUCUUCUGCACGGUUCAGAGUAUGUCCUCACUUACGAGGAUAAAGAUGGAGACUGGAUGCUUGUAGGAGAUGUACCAUGGGAAAUGUUCAUUGACACUUGCAAAAGGCUGAAAAUUAUGAAAGGUUCUGAUGCCAUUGGCUUAGAUUUUCUUGCCUCAGCUCCCAGGGCCAUGGAGAAGUCCAAAAGCAGGAGUUAGGGUUAUACCCUGGACAGCCUUUUGUCUAAUCAAACUUUUGUGCUCGAUCCGGAGUGGGAAAAAGCAGAGGAUGAUGACUGAAUUCCCUGGCAUGGUCGUUAAAUGCCCUUCCGAUGUUAUUUAUGUUUUUUAAGUCCAUGAGUUUGUCUUGGUCUUGUGUUAAUUUGUUACCACUAUAAUACCAUAUAAAGCUACAAUGCAAGAUUAGUAUUUGUGGAGCCUGUAAUCAUUAUAGGAAUCUGUUUGUUUGGAUGAAUUGAAUCUGUUACAGCCAACGUACGGUUCUAACACUAUAUUUGUGAUUUGCAUAUC